GUUGUCGACGACGGGAGGGUGGCCCUCUCCACGGACCAGGUGGCGAACCGCUACCAGCAGAGCGCGGGCGACUUGCUCGGCGGGCUCGGGAACCACUCGGACCUCCUGGCGAGCGACUUGGCGGCGCUUCCCCCCCAGGAGGAGGAGGAGCCCGAGGGUCGGGCGCCUCCCGCGGCGCCGCCGAAGGCAGACGACGGCGGGUCGUCCGACGAGGAGGACGUCGCGCCGGCCGCGAAGGCCUUGUGCCUGGCGGGGAGGGCGUCUGCGUCGGCCAACGCCGCGCCGAGCGCAGCGGCGGGCGCGCGCGCCGACGGGUCGCGCCAGGCGCCCGGGCGCCGCGCCGCGGCUGCUGGCGAGGCCCCUGCGCCGCGAGGGCAGAGGGGGCCCAAGGGGAGGGGCAAGAAGAACCCGGCGCCCAUGAAGCAUUCGACGCCGAAGAGGCAGGCGAGGGACCAGAAGGGCCCCGGUGACGGCGCCCCCGCCGCGACGGCCCAGGAGGGUCGGGCGGCGGGGGCGGUCGGCGACGACAGCGCCUCCGAGGACGCUGCCCCGCUGCCGCAGCGCGCGCCGGCGGCGCAGCCGCGGCCAGCGGAGGAGCAGCCGCGGCCGGCAGCGGCGCGGCCACAGGCGGAUUCGGCCAGCGGCGCCCCCGGUGGACCCGCCGCCGACGUCGUCGACGGCAGCACUGCCGGGACCAUCGACGAGGGCGAGCGUCUCCUCGCGCGCUUCGCGGCGCCUGAACCCCUGGUGACCCCUGACCCUGGCGACGUCGUCGUCACUCUGACCGAUGGCGUGAACUGGUCCAGCCACGCCGCCGAGUACUUGAAGACAGCUCGGAAG